CCCUUUUAUCCCUGCUGCCAGCUGCCACCUGAGGUUCCAUUAUCAACUACCACUACCACUCCCACUACAACUUCAAGCUGCUUCCAAGGUUGCAAUCCGCGCUUAGCAUUUUCUUCUUAAACCCACUCGCACUCAUAUUCAUAUAUCCAUCUGCCUGCGAAAAGAAGAUUUCUUCACAACGACAAGUCCAACGACAAGUCAUUAACUAUCCAGUAUCCAGUAUCCGAUAUCAAGAAUCAAACAUAAUAAUUCCUGUCCGCACAAGUAAUUUGGCCAUCUUGAUUGAGUUUAUUGACCUAUCUGAAGUCGAGGCUUGAGUUAUCUCUCGAACAGCUCGGCUAACAUCAUCUUAAACCCACGAAGGAGCACGAAGGAGCGCGAAGGAGGAAGAUGAACAAUUGGACAUAAUUCACAAUGGAAUAUCCAACUUCUUCCCGGCAUGGUGCCGUUCCAGCAGCGCCUUACUCUAUGCGUCCUCCUAGUCCACCUUCUAUCGUGAUACCCGCUCCCAUUUUAAGUUAUGCAAACGAACAUAUCAAAGUUGUGCCAGAUUACGAGAAGGUUGAUCCGGCCUCGCUGAGCGCCAAUGACCUUAAGAUCAUCACACAGAAUCAUAAGGAGCAGCUAGCUCAGGACUCGGCUCUUAACUGGACCUACGAGAAUCGUCGUGUCGCUCAACCUAUUCUCGAUUUUCUCUACCUCGGCCCCUCAAGUAUCGCUCGAGACCGUGAGUGGCUACGUAAAGAGGGCAUCACAAUGUUGCUCGCUGCACGAGAUUCCCAGAUGGCUGUCAUGCACCUAAUGGCUCCCAAAAAGGUUGCCCAAGAGCUCGGUAUUCAGCUUGAAUACAUCGAUGUAUCUGGUUACAACGAGCUCAUUCGCGCCUUUCCCACAGCCAUUCGAAAAAUCAAUGACCAUAUGCUGAAUGUUUUCCGCGAACAACGCAUUACAAAUGCGCAAAUGCAGGUUGGAGACGGAAAGAUGGCGAUCCCCAACGACAAGUUUCGGAGAGGCAAAGUCUUAGUUUUCUGCGAAACCGGAAACGAUCGUUCCGCCGGUGUCGUCGUAGCCUACCUUAUGUCCAUUUUUGGGCUGACUAUGAUUGAAGCUUGCCAAUUUGUCCACUUCAAGCGCUUCUGUGUCAGCCUAACCGACGAUCUUAGGUUCGUUAUGAAAUCGUACGAGGAUUUGCUCUCCGCACAACGUACCGUGCACUGGCAUGAGCUUGAAAACCGUCCAACUCAGACAAAUGAAAAUGUUGCCCCGUCUAGUGUACACAAACACAAGAGGGGCAUCGAAGCCAUAGUGGACGGAGAUGAAGAGAUGGGAGGAGAUGACGAGUCAAUAAGGUUAGACUACGAUCGCUUCUUAGACCGCCAGAGAUUUGUUCCCUUCGUCGACAUGGCUGAUGAGGACAUGGCAGAGGAGUCUAACUAGUGAGGCCCCAAACAGGGCUCAUUACAGUGUUGAUUUUACAGGGCAUACAAAAAGGAUCAGGCUGAGGGUCGCAGGCUACAUGGUCAGCUUUACCAAACCACAUGGAGUUAGCAAUGGCGUACUGGAUGGCAUAUACCCAUAUUACUUUUUUGAGGUGGUUGACGAGGGUAACAAUGGCAUGGACGGGACAAGAGCAGAGGAAUUAUCAUAUUCUGCUGACAGCAAAAUCGAUAAAAUAACAAUUUAUUAUUGCAA